AUGAUAAGAAACCCUAGAGAGAAGGCUCCGUCGACCAAACAAGAAGAAGAAGCUCCACCGGGCGAUGGGGACUCAGGAAGGGGGAGCUCCAGGCCAUGGCCGGCGGCGCUCAGGGAUACACGCGUGGUGAGAGGCUCUCGCGUCAACGGCGGCAAAGACCGGCACAGCAAGGUGACUACUGCGAGGGGCCUCCGAGACCGGCGAGUCCGGUUGUCGGUGCAGACGGCUAUUCAGCUCUACGAUCUCCAGGACAGGCUCGGUCUGAACCAACCCAGCAAGGCCGUUGACUGGCUUCUCGACGCCGCUCAGCACGAGAUCGACAAGCUCCCUCCUCUGCAAAUCCCCCUGGGAAGCUCCCUCCUUUACCACAAUCCUCCCAUUCCUGCCCAGUUCGCCAUGCCCGAGAAGGAAGAUCUCCAAAACCCCUAUCCAGGGUACUAUCUCAUGGAGCCACCGCUGCCGCCAAACGCGGCGGGUGGCAACGUGGCGGCUCAGGAAGAAGCCCAGUCAUUCUACCGGCACCCAUCUCUCCAGCCGACGGUGGCGCCACCGCCGUCCCUGCCGUUGUCGCUCUCUCACGGGUCUCAGCUCCUGCUAUCGAUGUUCUCGCCGUACCCUGCAGCUGCCGCCUCGUCGGAGUACGAUCCGAGGCACGUGAACGGCGGCUUCGAGAUGGGCUCCUCCUCAGGUUCACAGGGCUCCAAACACCACCGUUUUUGA